AUGUCCUUUAUGCCCAGACCAAGCCCCGACUCGAACAGGGAAGUGACCGCCGAGCUAAACGUGACUUAUGAAGCGAAACCUUCAACCCCACCGACGGAAGCCUAUGUGAUCGCUUUAAAUAGCAACAUAGAAACGGCCGAUCCGAUAGACAUCACUGGAUUUACGACGGAGGUGCCUGCUGAGACAGGAACAAAGCCUCAACCAAUUCGACUCAAAUUUAUGACUACACAGAGUCGCGCCGCACCAGCAAAGAAGAAGUUGACAAAAGCGCACUCUUCGCAAUCGAACUCAGGGUUAACAGAAGUGGCAUCAGCGGAUAGAGAGAAGACCUCAAAGUCUCAGGAAACUUUAAAUAAUCCAAUGGAACAAACAAAGAUCAUAGAAAGAAUUCUAGCUGAAACUAAAUACCAUGUGGACAACAUUCGUACUAACCUAAAUCAAUCUGGAAAUAUAAAACGCACAAUAAAGGAGGAAAUACAAAAAAGUACUAAAGGUCUAUAUAACAUGGUGCUGCAGAGCAUUAAGAUCAAUACAGGAGAAGCAGUAGACUACAAUUUGGAAAUAGAUAUGCGAAAACCAGAAUCGAACGAACACAAACUUAACGAAUUAUUAGAAUAUAUUAAAACACAGACCACCACAUUGGAAAGAACACAACAGGAAAUUUUGAGCCUGAGAGGAGAAAUGAAAGAGCUUAAGACUAGAAAGACCGACGAAACAAGUAACAAAAUACAAGAACCAAAAUCGCAAAGAAUAGAACAAACUGGGGAAGAUCUUCGUAGAGAAUUGAAGGAACAUAGCGAACUUUUAAGAAACAGCUUUACUAGAAUUGAAAUGUUAAGUGACAAGAUUGAUAACCACCAGAAAGUGCUUGAAGGCACUACGUACGCGAGUGUGGCAGCGGGUUGGACAGCCAAGAAUCCCCCGCAAACGACAACGCUCCACUCGGUGAUUGUCACCUCUACGAACGAAACGGACACUGGCGAUGAAGUUAUCCAGAAAUUUAAAGAUGCUGUUAAAGACGAAGAAGGCUGGAUAACAGUUGACAAGAUUCGGAAAGCAAAGGACAGGAAGAAACAAAGCCCAGACCUCACAGCAGGAAGACAUAUAGAACGUGCACUUGUGAACACG